CGCUUCUAUUCUGAUGUCAGGAAGCCUGAUGAGACGGUUUUGCCCGGUUCGCACAGCGCGAGGCUGCCCGAAGACAUCCCUCCUCCGCCGACCGCGACUCCCGCAAACCCAACCCCGACCGGCUCCAUCCCCCCUCAGGCCGCUCCUCUGACCCCUCCCACGCCCCAGGCCGUUGGUGCUGAGUCCCCCCCGGCCGGCUCCGCUCCUGGUCACGGAACGGGUGUUCCCACUGGCACCGGCUCUGCCACCGUCGCUCCCCCCGCUGGCUCUCCUGUCCCUCCUCCCCCGAAGAAGGGCAAGUUCCGUCGCUUCCUUCUUACAUUCAUCCUGCUCUCCGGUCUUGCCUAUGGCGGUGGCGUCUACUACUCGUUGAUUUCGGACAACUUCCACGACUUCUUCACCGAGUACGUUCCUUUUGGUGAGGAUGCCGUUGGCUACUUUGAAGAGCGCGAGUUCCGCAAGCGCUUCCCUGGCCGUGGUAGCGAGGGCCGCCUGCACCAGCAGGUCCGCGGCGAGAACAAGAUCACUAUCCCGAGCAAGAGCGGUCUGUCGUGGAAGCUGUGGGAAGAGAAGGAGCCCAGCGAGCACAGCAGCGACCUCGGUGGCAAAGGAAAGCAUUCUAGCGCUGUCGAUGACAACAAGAAGGCCUCCAAGUCUUCGCCAGUCGAGGCGGCCAAGGCUGGUGAGGCUGCCAAGGAAGGCAAGGGUUCGGAAUCGAUUACCAAGGACCUCAUGCCUAACGAGGGCGCUCGUCCUUCUCGCGCAACCCCCAUCGACAACCUCGAAAUCAAGGGUGCCCAGGAGCCUGUUGUGCAGGAUGUAGUCAAGAUCAUCAACGAUAUCAUCACCGUCAUCAACGCCGACAACGCCGGCUCCAAGUACAACUCGGCAAUUUCCAAGGCCAAGGGCGAGCUCACCAAGAUUGUCAGUGAUAUCGAGACCAUGAAGGCCGUGUCUGAGAAGCAGUCCGAAGACAAGAUCAAGGCGCUGCACACGGAGUUCGAUGAAGGCGCUAAGGAGCUGGUCAAGCGCAUCGAAUCCGAGAUGCAGGACCAGGAGACGCGCUGGAAGGAGGAGUUUGAGGCCGAGCGCGAGAAGCUUUCUCAGGUUUACCAGAUCAAGCUUAGGGCUGAGAAGGAGUCUUCGGACAAGGUCUACGAACAGAGGCUCAGGAACGAGCUUAUGCAGCAGGCUAUUGCGCUGCAGCGCGAGUUCGCUGACUCUGUGCACCAGCACGUCGAAGCGGAGCGCAACGGCCGCCUGGCCCGUCUGUCCGAGCUCUCCGACUCGGUCCAGGAGCUCGAGCGCCUCACGGGUCAGUGGAAUGAGGUCAUCGACGCCAACCUGAAGACGCAGCACAUGGUUGUGGCCGUUGAAGCGGCGCGCGCCGCGGUCGAGAAGGCAGACCAGCCGCGUCCGUUUGUUGAGGAGCUGGCGGCACUGAAGGAAGUCGCGGCCGACGACGCCGUCGUCAACGCGGCCAUUGCGUCGAUCAACCCCGCGGCCUACCAGCGCGGCGUGCCGACGACGUCGCAGCUGAUCGACCGCUUCCGGCGCGUGGCGGCCGAGGUGCGCAAGGCGGCGCUGCUGCCCGAGGAUGCGGGUGUGGCCAGCCACGCGGCCAGCUUGGUGCUGAGCAAGGUCAUGUUCAAGAAGGGCGGCGAUGGCCAGGGCCUGCCGGUCGGUAACGACGUCGAGAGCGUGUUGACGCGCACGGAGAUGCUGCUCGAGGAGGGCAACAUCGACGCCGCGGCGCGUGAGAUGAACGGUCUUUCGGGCUGGGCGAAGAUGUUGGCGCGGGAUUGGCUGGGCGACGCGAGGAGGGUGCUGGAGGUUAGGCAGGCGCUUGAUGUUCUUUCCACGGAAGCGAGGCUCCAGAGCCUGCUCGUCGACUGA